AUGUUGUCGGUAUAUUUUGAUGAAGUAGUCGAACCUGUAAACUCAUGGGACUGUCUUCCGGUUGAAAAUCUUUCUGGUUUUCUAUCUUUUAAUGCUGUCUGUGAAAUUUAUAAGGGAUGUUUAUUUUUCAAUCUGAAGCCCAAACAAAAAGAUUGCACAAUCGGCAAUAUGGAAGAUGAAAGUCCAGAAAAAUUGAUCAGUUUUGUAAAGGCAGCUACAGACUCGGUUCAGAACGUUUUAAAAACACCUUUAACAGGAUUGACACCGGUACCACAGAAAGCUUACCGUCGAAGGCGAUUGAAAAAAGGCUUAGAUAAGACGCUGAAGAAGCUCAAAAUUGAAAGACAACAUCAAAUACAACAGUACGAAGUUCAAGAGAUGUACACAUUAUCCAUGCUGAAUUCCGCCUCCAUUUGUUUUGGAGACAAUGCCGAACUCUAUGGAAUCAUAAAUGGAACUGAUCAUCAAGAUGCAGCUAACGUAUUGACUGAAUCCCAAGGUAAAGAGUUUUACAUCCCACCCACCGACCGGUUUUUAGAUUCCUAUAUCCCAAGAAUUGGUAGUCCUCGGGAGAACAAACAGCUAAGCAACAACAACUAUGGAUCUUUGAGCAACUUCCACAACUACCAGUCACCAUGCAUGUUUGAAAUGUCGGCUUGUUCUAUUUGGGAUGGUAAUAUAAGUCCUCCCCAACACACUAUUAACAAUAACUAUUCUGGAACAAUCGACAUGUAUGAAAAUCCUGCUGUCCAGAUACCUUACAUGGGCUUUGAAAACAAUGGUCCUGCUCCUAUGCAGAAUGGUCAAUCAGAACUUCCGGUAGCUGGUUUGGUUUCUCCACCAUUUGAUGAGUAUAGUCAACAAUCGUUCGAACAGUACUGUUCUUCACAAGAUAAUUUCGACAAUGGUUGUUUGAAUACCAGUGGAAGCGAAGCUGAAUCCAUUAAAGAAAUGAAUAUCAUAAACGAUUUGGUGGACGAAGAAGAUUUCAGUGCUGACGCCUUUGACGAUAUUUUGUCGGAGAUGGAAACGACAGUAUCUCAUAGCUUUUCCAAUGACUCGAUUCUUUCUGGAUUUGAGAGUGACAUAUCAUCUGAUAGAGUAACAGCAUUAGACGGUUGGUCGGCCGGAAGUAGCAAUGGUUCUGAUUCCGGAUUGUCAAUUCCGAAUGUGGUUACCUCAUCUCAGAGCGAAAUAAAUAACAGUUUGCCUUCAUUUUCGUCAGUAUUUAUGCAGUAA